AGCUUGUUGUGCGGUUGUUCGACGUUCGUUCAUAAGUAAAAUGGCGGCGAUUAAUGUGAAAGGCGAAACGUUGUCUUAUUUCUAGUUGUAAAUAAAGUAAUUGCUAAUCUGAAACGUUGUUAUUGUUAUACAUAAGGAGGAUGAAUAGAUACAAAGUGGAAUUUGUAAAGUGAACAGUUGUAAGCAUUGAAAAAUCCAAGUGAUUCUACACAAUAGACCAAAACCCGUCGCAACGAGCACUCGAGGCCAUAUUUAUGAUGUUAUCUGUUGUGUGAGCGUCCUCCGAAAGCACAUUGAUAAAUGUUUGCAGAAAACUAAGGCGAUGGGGUUUUGUUUAUGUGAAGAUUGAAUUGACAUCAUGACAUCAAGUGCUGCAAAUUAGUGUUUGUAAGAAUUCAUUGAAGUGUGCUACAAACUAUGGAUGAAAGUGUGGACUUCUACUGACAUAUUACAUACAUUGACACUUAACAUAACAUCACGGAGGUGGUAAUGGAUCCAGUAGGACCAUGGUCAGCAUAUGCUUCGUACAAUCGAUUAGCAGGGGUUCAGGCUGGUGCUGCGAGUGGGGACUUUCAUCACCACCUCACAAGUGGUGGUUCAGGCCUAAGUGGCCAGUCAGUACCCUCUACGACCAGCCAAUUGUUAUUACAAGCAGCGCACACAACAGCCUCUUUGGCAGGGCAACUAGGUUCUUCAACUGCCUCACCCUUCAACCCUGGAGGAUUUCUCUCCCCCCCUGCUGUAGGGUAUGAUGCAGUGUUCUCACCACUAUUUCAUCAUGCCAACCCAAAACCUGCACACUAUAGUUCUUCACUUCAAGCUCAACACCGGCAAGUGAUUGCUCAAGCUCAGGCAGCAGUUGCAUCAAAGCAGUCUUCAGUUGAAUCUGAACUUUCCUCAUUGAGAGAAAACUAUUCUCAUCAGACACUAGCGGCGCAAGGGACGGCUUCUUUCUUUGAUCAGUCAUCUACACCAGGUGGAGCUGGUGGACUAAGUUGGCAAGGGAGCAACCAACUACCAAGCCCGUUUGGAAUAUUACCCCAUGAGAGUGUAGUGCCCUCAUCACCAAGUCCAGCCACAACAAAGGCGUCUGCCACUUAUGAUAAUUUUAAUGCACAUUUUGCUGCAGCCCAAACCCUCAAUAACCACCUUAACUCCCAGAUUUCCAGUGCUGGUAAACAAAGCAAUAGGUCAGGUUCCCCGGCGACUGCAUCUAAGCAACCGGCUUCAUCAACAUCUUCAUCAACAUUUUUUCAAUCUCCUUCAACAUUUGGAAGUCAGACGGAUAGCGCAUAUAGUUCAAGCAGUGCAAAGAGUGGACAACUUUCGUCACAGCAGGACUAUGCUGGAAGUAAGUCUUAUUCAGGUUCUGCAAGUUCUACUACCCAUUCACAACAAUCAUGUAUAGUGUCUACUCCAACAGUGACCUCCUCCUCACCCUCUCCUAGUAAGGAUUUCCGUUCCUCUUCCACCUCCAGUUCCAGAACCUCUUCUUCUGUUUACAACUCGCAAUCACCUAAGAAUUCUAGUAGUGAAAAAUCUCCAAGACAGUCAUCCAAUAGUGCUAGCAGUUUUGUGUCUCCAACUACUAAAGCGCCACAAGUACAGACUAAAGCACAAAGUAAAAUAUACCCUGAGUUAACAAGCGAACAAAGGAAAAGUUGUGAAUCUAGUGAUAAGCUUCAGCCCCAAUCUUCUCCUAUAAGUUAUUCUAUAAUGGAUGCUCCAGGCAGACUCAGUUAUAGUAGUAGUAGUGGCCCUACAACUUCAAAAUCAAAUAGAAUUGGUAGUUCUCAAUAUUCCGCAACUCAUAAUUCAAGCUUUAGGCAUUAUCAAAGCGGAAAUAAUGUUGAAUCUGAUUAUCAUGUCCGAGCUAAGAGUAGUUCUAGUACAGACACGGGGUAUUCCAGUAGUAGUUCGCAAAAUGGGCCCGAUUGUAGUGUGGCUGCACCCAGAAGACCUAGUCCUCUGCAAGCAACUGCUCAGACUUCUCCGUUAGGUCAUGGAUCUAGUCCGGCGUAUCCUUUGUAUCAUAGUCCUAUGAACUCCACUAACUCGCCUCAACAGCAUGGGGAUCAUUACAGUAAGGUCAAUAGUACAGCGCCUCGUUCCCCAAUGGAUGCGUCGGUUUCUAGGUCUUCAUCUCAAAAUAGUCAGGUAGCUUAUCCUUCAGUUAUAACUAGGGCAUUAGGUAUUGAGCAAAGUAAAACGUAUUCAGAGAAUCGCUAUGAACGGCCUUCCAAUCAAAGUUCAACGCCAGGACAAACCUGUUGGGAUGGCGACCGUCAGGCGUCCAGAAAAUUUUCUAGUAGUAGUAGCAGUAAUAAUUAUAGCAAUAAUGGAUUAUCUGAAAGUAAUAAUACUCAUAAUGAAGAAACUGUAUCUCAAUCUACGUCACAUAGGACGUUAAAUUUAGCAGAAAAACAACACACUUAUUUUGAUGGCACUAAUGUAGCAUUACAAGAUUUAUCUAGCUGUCGUGGCGACCCCAUGAGCAUAGUAAAAAAUUUACAAAGUUUACAGCAAAGUUGUCAAUUACAAGAGAUCAAAUCCAGUAAGAGUCAAACGCCAGUUAGUGUUCCAACAAAAGUGACACCACGUAGAAAAAGUACUGAAAAACCGGUCACGCAUAAUAUGAACGAUAUCUCAAACGCGGUAAUGGCAGAUUAUCUUGCUAAUAGGAUUCCGCCCCCCGCUCACAGCUCUACCAGUAGUCAACAACAGAAUGGUACCUACUUUGACUUUGAAAGAUGGAAUCUACCACCACCUCCACCCAAAAUGUUUCCCGGUACCUCCGCAUUCGGUUCCCAAGCAAGUCUUCACGCCACAAAUUUUAACCAACACCAAGCACUUGCCAUGCAGCACGGGCAUGCACUUACCUAUUUCCCUCCUUUCCACUUAGGUCCUCAUCCCGACUUCCAGUCAUCUGUGGAGUUAACACCGUUGUCGUCAUUUAGUGAGACUCCACCUUCGGCUUCCUCGUCAUCUUUUUCAACACCCGAAACUCGUGAGGAGGAACAGCCUAAGGUGGUAGUGCCUAAUAUAGAAGAAGAACUUGGUUUCCUUGCAGAACAACGGGGAAAUGCGUCUUCGGUAGCACCCUCUUCUCAGCAGCAGAAUCUAAACAGCACUUCACAAGACGCUACUUCAAAAAUAAUGGAAAAAAAAUUCAAUGUGCCAGUCACGGGCCCAGGAUCUGGUUUCAUGGCUUCUUAUUUGAAAUUUUUACAAGGAGAGCGUGACACCUCUCCACCGCCGGCCGGCAGAGGCGCCAGAAAGUCUACUUGGUCGCGAACUACCACUAAUAAUACGAAUAAUAAAAUUUAUCCUCAUAAUGACCACGUGAAAUGUGAUGGAAGUCCCGCUCAGAGUUCGAACGGCGCAAUGGGAGCGAACGUAAUAAAUCCGGCAAUGUCCCUAAGCAACCCCGCAAUGAGUGCGCCGAGUAUGAGCUCGGCGGGCCUGAUGGGCGCCAACCAGUUACAAGGCGCGUCAUCGAAUCUCCUCGGCUCACAAGCGAAAGGGAUCGAACUAGACGAUCCUCGGUAUUAUAUCAAUAAGGACAGAAAACGUAAAUAUGACGGUAGCGAAGAGAGCAGCUACGACGCGGAGGAGGAGGCGCGAAGGUUGAACAAGCCGGUGCUGAACGUGCCCAGCACGCCCCUGAACGACAAGGGCAAGAAAGGGCGCGCAGCCAUGAGCAAGCCGCCGCCGGCGGCGGUGGUGGCGCCUCAGCCGGCCGCGCCCAAGAAGCCACGAGCCCCGGCCCCGCCGCCCGUGGCCGCGCUGCAGGCCGCGCCGCAGCAGCAAUACUAUUACCAACACCAGCCCGACGAAGUGGCACACAGCACAAAUUUGGGCUAUGGGAGUUAUGGGGCGGCGGACGCUGAGAGCAAUGCGAACAGAAAAUUGCAUCACAUCAAAUCCCAUCAGCAGAUCAGCACCGGGCAGAUUGACAACUCUAGGCCAGGCCAGAUUGAGGAAAUGCCUUAUCAGUCGGGAGAGUUUGUGGCAAUAAAGAGUGAGUUGAACGAAAUGUGGCCGUCUAUCUGGAGAGUUGACGGCAAGACCUUGUUACAAAAAUACGAGCCAUUUGAGGAAAAUGGUAAAGUUUUAUAUCGGAAUAUUUCUACAUAUGCAGCAUGGAACCCCGAAAACAAAAAGCUAUACACACAAGUGUCCGUUAAAGUUAGGUCUCAGUCACAUUUGGAAACAAUAGUAGAGUUAGUAAGAAGCGAACUUCAAUUCGACGACUGCAAUUUCAUCGAAAAAAGGAUGCUGGAAACUCAAAUGUACCAGGAAAACUUCGAAGUCUACAUACAAACCUUAAUAUCACACGCCCUAGAUCCUAAUUUUUUGACGGAGAUAUUUCAAGAACAAGACGAGUACUUCCUCUCGAACGUGAAGACGGUGGACGAGGUGACGGAGACGAUGCGGUCGCUCGUGUCGGGCGGGGGCGGGGCGCGGGCGCUGGACUCGGCGGCGGGCACGUGGCCGGGGCUCAGCGUGGCGGCGGCGGGCGCGGCCGCGUGCCGCGCGUGCGGCCGGCCGGCGGCGGCGCGCCUGCUGCUGUACGGGCAGCCGUACAACCCCGCCACGCUGGAGCCCGUGCAGCCCGACGCGCGCCUCGCCUACGAGAAGGAAUUCCUAGUGUGCGCGACGUGUUGCGGGCGCGUGCAGCUGUACUCGCGGAUAUCGCACCAGAAGUACCUGAUGUACGCGGAGUGCAGCAAGCGCGUGGCCGAGAAGCGCAUGCAGAACCCCAGCAAGGACACCACCCUCGUGCUGAACGAGCUGCUGGCCGACGAGGUGUGGCUGUCGCAGUUGUUCCGCGACGUGCGGCACUCGUGGGCCGAGGCGGAGGCGUGGGAGCGCAAGCUGCGGCACGCGCUGGCGCGGCACAUGCUGUAG